AUGGACGAGACUAUUGAUUCAGAAUCCGUUCUCGCCCCUGUGAGGGCCUCGUCGCCGUCCCCUUCCAUCCCAGCAACGCCUGCGAUCUCCUCGUGUCCAUCCCCUGACCGUACCUUCUCCACUAUCUCGUCCCUUUCAGCCUCGUCCGCCACAUCCGCCGAUGCCAGAUCCUCGAUUUCUGUCUCUUCGAGACGACAUGGGUACAUCCGACCACAGGGGGCCGAAUUCUCCGAGUCGGCUAAGAACCGGGAGAGUGUGAUGAGUCUGGGGAGCAUCGCUCACCUGCAGUACUAUUUCGCCAGAACCGGUCUGCUGGAAGGCAAGGGUGGCCAUGCGCGCGAGUGGAAGAAGAAGAAAAAGCCCGAGGAGGAGCCUCGGCUCCUGUUGACGCCUAAUGCUCGGUUCAUCGAUGAUUUGACGGAGAGCCCGACGGAGGAAGAUGGUUCGGAUAUUGGUGAGGAGGACUUUGAAGACGAGAUGAUGCUCCCGCCGACCGUUAGCACGUACAGUGUUAAGACGCAUCAUAUUACGCCUCCGCCGGAUGUGCCGGCGCUACGGAGGGAUUUGCUAAAUGCGGUGGACAAGGCUGAGAAGAACAUCAAGGACCUGGAGUCGCAGAAGGAGCCCCGGCCGGAGAUGGUGCCGCCCCGGAUCAGUGUUUCUCGAGAAGAUACAGGAAUGAUUUCGCGGCCAGGCACGGGCAAUGGUCCGCCAGGAUGGCAUGAGAUUCAAGGCAUGCGCAUUCUGGAUGCGGUUACUCUUGCCAUCCGAGCGGCCAAGGUUUACUAUACGGCGCAUGAGCGCCCCGAACGGUUGGCUUCAAUCAAGCCUGAGCGGGAAAUCCGGCAGGAAUUGUUUCGUGUUCUGGAGGUGCUGAAGCGAUGGGCCGCUCGCAAUUUCGCGGGGGGCCUUCGCGAGGACGAGCGAUCGUCGAUGAUGGAUUGGGUGUCAAAUGUACGCCAGAUGCUUGCCAAAGAGGAGGAGCUGGAAGCUUUGGAAGCGAAAGAGCGCGAAAGAUGGGACUGGGCCAAGGGCGACUGGAGCGGGAGAGAACGGGAGCGCGAGGAAUCGUUCCUGCGCAGCUUGCUAGAAUCCGAUACACCCUUGCCAACGUGGACGUCCACCGAUGACGGUACAUUGCCGACACCGAUUCUUGAACGACUGCGGGACGGCCGAGACCUCGUCCGCAUCCACAACCAGGCGGUCAAGAAGUCGAAGCGACCAUUCGGCGAGAUCAAGUCGUACCAUCAAGACGUUGCCAAGCCAUAUCGACGUGCAGAUAAUCUUCGCUUCUGGCUCAAGGCGGCAGAAAUCCGAUGGGAGACGAAGCUGGAAAUGGACGUGAUGGGCGUCGUCAACGGUACCAGCGAUGAGGCCUGGAGGCAAUUCGAUACAGCUCUUUUGUCAUGGUGCCAGGCAGUCCGGGAAGAAUUGAUGCGAGACUGGCGCGAGCCACAGACGGCGGUCGCUGCAUGUACCCCCGGCUACUGA